AAAAGCAGUCAACAAUAAUGGCGUAUAAAACCUUCGAAAAUUUCAAACGCUAUGUAAAAUUGGCAGCAAUCGGAAACUUCAGAACGAGACAACGCAGCUUAAGUAAUACCUCUAAUUAUAUCUCUUACAUUUUCCCUUUCCUUCUUUCUUCGACCACUAUGUGGCGCCUUCAAUGGCUUCCAACGCAUCCCCUAAUUUGAACAACACUUUCCAUAAAUCCUUCGUCUGUCACUACGGUUUACCCUCACAUUCUCCAUUUUUUAACUCCAAUUUCUCUGCUCUCUCUCGAAGAAAGUGUCCAUGGACGGCCACAGGAAGGCCGGAUUCGGUGUACCGGAUGGAUCGCGAUCGGAGACGACGACGAAGACGACGGGUAGGUUUUGCGAUCUUAUUGUGAGGUUUGUAGCGAUGAUUCUCACUUUGGCUGCUGCUGUGGUUAUUGGCGUCGAUAAACAGACGAAAAUGGUACCGCUUCAACUCGCCACCUCGUUGCCGCCGGUCCACGUUCCGGUUACUGCACGGUGGCAUUAUUUAUCUGCCUUGGUGUAUUUUGUAGUGGCAAAUGCAAUAGCAUGUUCAUAUGCAGCCUUCUCGCUGGUACUUUCACUAUUAAACAAAGACAAAAGCAGAGGCUUCAUGAGAUCGGCGAUAAUCGUGAUGGACAUUCUCACGGUGGCCCUCCUGUUUUCUGGCUUCGGAGCGGCCGCUGCCGUGGGCGCCAUCGGCCGGCAAGGGAAUUCACAUCUUAAUUGGAACAAAAUAUGCAAUGUGUUCGGAAGAUUCUGUGGGCAAGGAGCUGCCUCUCUUCUCCUCUCUCUGCUUGGAGCGAUCUCGUUUCUCUCUCUCUCUCUGCUUUCUGCUUUGAGGCUUCAAAGGGGAUUCAAGUGAAAGAAAUAGUUUUUUCAAUUUGAAAUCUUUCCUUUUUUUUUUGUCUUCUCAAAUCAAUAAGAAAAUUUCUCAUACUUUUCUAAUUGUAGAUUUUGUAAUAGGUUUGUAAUUUGGUACUGUUUUUGUUAGAUUUAAUGAGAUAGUUAGUAUUGGAAAUGUGUUAUCUUAAAGUAUACAUUCAGAUUAUAUUUAGUUUUUAAUUUCUCUUAUUAUUACUAAUGUAUCGAAUUUAAGCAUAACUCUAUUGGACCCAA